AUGACAAGAACCAUACCUUUAAUGCAACUUCUGCUCGUGUCCUUUGCUUUGGCGCGAGGAUUUCCGGUCCUCCCACGUAGUACAUCGAGCCCACCACCCUCAACCGUUGCGUUCUUGUCCCAAAUCAAGGAUGGUGAUUCGAAUACUGAAUCCAAUCUCAGCACACUGAGUCGUUGCCUUGUGGAGGAAUAUGAGGGAUAUUCGAAUUCGCUAUCACAGGGACAAGAAAAGAAUCGUGUUCUUGCAGAGCUCGAGCCACAAGAAUCAAUCUGGAGACGAAUGUUUCGAGAAAUUUCCAUCAAAAGGAAAACAAGACCAGGAUCCUUGGUGCUGCUUCGAUGCUGUGAGUCAACUUUUAACUUGAAUGAAACUUUUACGGGGUGGUUAGAUCCACCUUUGUCGGAUGAGGGUGUCAAACAAAGCCAACAUGCAGGGCGCUUGCUUCUUUCGGAAGGUUUCGACGUCGAUGUUGUCUACACAUCUCGACUGAAGCGGUCAAUUACAACCGCCUGGCAUGCGCUGGAAACAAUGGACUCCCUCUUCAUCCCAGUAUAUAAAACUUAUCGGCUAAAUCAAAGAAUGUAUGGUGCCCUAGAAGGUUUGCCCAGGGAGGAAACAGUGUCCAAAUUUGGUAUUGACGUUGUCAAAGCCUGGCGCCAAUCAAUGAAAGCCCAACCACCCAAACUGUCUCGUGACGACCCAUCUCAUCCGAUUCACGACAGAAGAUACAGCGAUGUCCCUCCCGAAAUGAUUCCAGAUUCAGAGUCUCUCAUCGAGUGCCACAGACGCGCUGCCCCACUUUGGGAACAUCAGAUCAAGGGAGAUAUCAAGAACGGAAAAACUGUGCUCGUUGUGGCUCAUAAGGAUACGCUACGUGGUCUCUUGAAAACAAUUGAUAAUAUUGAUGACAAGGACAUUAGUGAUAUCAAAAUGCCUAGAGGCGUUCCAAUGGUCUAUCGAUUUGAUGAACAAAUGGAGCCCGUCGAACCGAGCGACAUGAGCCGGAAGCUGCUUCAUACAAAUGGUCAAUUUCUUCAAAAACCUGGGAAGACACUAGAAAUAUUGGGGCAUGAAUCUGGCCCCAUUUCGAUACAAAAUAACUGUCAAAUGCAGCGUAGAGAACUUACAUUGCAGGAUUCCAUGAACAGUCUUCGCUACGGAGCAACAUCAGAGACCGAGGAACGGGUGGGAUUGGUAUCGGGCGAAGACAGUGGCAGAGCAGAGAGGUGGUCAGACGACCCUUGUGAGUUUGAGGAGUACGACGUCUUUGCCGAAGAGAUCGAGGGUGAUGGCGAAGAAAUAGUUCCCACCAUUCUGUCGAGCAACAAACUUUUGUCAAAUCAGACAUUGGAGGGUCCAUUCAUUGUUCUAAUUCGGCACGGACGCACACCACACAAUCAAAUGGAGCUCUUCACAGGAUGGGAAGACCCACCACUAGCCGAGGAAGGCGUCGAGGAUGCAAGAAAUGCUGGAAGACUUUUAAAACGCCACGGCUUUGAAUUUGAUGUUGUGUACACGUCAUGGCUCACCAGAGCAAUUCAAACGGCGUACUACACCUUGGAAGAGUUGGAUCAAUUGUGGCUACCAAUGGUGAAGUCCUGGCGUCUAAACGAACGGUUUUACGGCGACCUAACAGGGAAAAGUAAAAAGAUGAUUGCUAACAAGUAUGGAGAAGAACAGCUGAAGAAGUGGAGGAGAGGGUACACUAUACGUCCACCUCCUGUGUCAUCGUACUCGUUGAACUAUCCUGGCAAUGACGAACGCAGAGCCAAACACUUCAAAGACCUGCGUUUCUCCUUUCGAGAGUCAAUGGCUAGAAGUCUAGAAAUGAAGAGACUGUCCUUUCACCGAAAGUUUCCAAAAACAGAGAGUUUGAAGGAUUGCAUGGAUCGAUCCAUUCCGUUCUACACGAAACGAAUCAAGGGUGAGGCGAUUCGGAAGGGAAAGAGGGUUUUGAUAACUAGCCAUGAAAACGCGCUGCGAGGAAUUUUAAUGCAUUUGUGUGAGAUACCCGAGGAAGCGAUGAAUCAGUUACAUCUGCCAAAUGGUUUGCCAUUAGUCUAUGAUGUAAAAAGGAAAUGUCUUUACCUCCUUGAUAAUGGAAGCGGUAAAAAUCCCGCUGAAUCUCAUGAUUUUGGACCGGCGGCAAAGUACCUAUUUUCACCAUGUGAGACAAAAAAAUUGUAA